AUGGGGCGUCAAAGUUCAAGUGUUUCAAUCUUUCUAGGGUUUCUGUUACUGAGUUUGUACCAAUCAGCAAUGGGUCGGUUCGUGGUGGAGAAGAACAGCUUGACGGUGACGUCACCGGAUAGUAUAAAGGGUAAUCACGACAGCGCGAUUGGCAACUUUGGGAUACCUCAGUACGGAGGCAGUAUGGCCGGGACUGUGGUGUACCCGAAAGAGAACCGAAAGGGUUGUAGAGGUUUCGAUGAAUUUGGGAUUUCUUUCAAUUCCAAGCCUGGGGCUUUGCCUACUUUUGUUUUGGUUGAUCGUGGAGGUAGGUACCCUUUUGUGAAUUUGAUAAAUUUGCUUGCUUUCUCG